CCACCUACUACAAGCACCGGAGCGGCGCGGGGGUUUAACAAUUCGGCGACAUUCCUCGUGCUCUCCUUAUCCCCUCCCUCCUCCUUCCUCCCUUCCCCGAGUUCCUCCGAUUCUCGCGGGCUCGCAGAUCCAGGCCGCCUCCGCAUAAUCCCCACGAGGCCACGAUGAGCCACCGGCGAGUGGAGGCAUGCGACUCCUGGCGCCCGCCGCCCGCGCACGCGCACGCGACCACGCUCCUCCUCCGCGCGGGUGGCUCCCCGUGGGGCCGCUCUUCCCCGCCACCCGCCUUCGCGUGCCUCUCCGUCCGCCACGGCGGGGAGACCGUCGUCAAGGCGGACGAGGAGGAGAAGGAGAGGCCGUCCUCGGUGGUGGCUGUGGUCGAGGGUUCCGGGAACAAGGGCAAGUUGCCGCCCGUGGCGCAGCUGCUGAAGCACCCCUUGGCAGCGCUGGCGCUGGUGCCCAGCAGCGUCGCGCUCUUCGCCGCCGGUGCCGGGGCGGGCGCCGUCGCCAAGACGGUCACUGCGCCGCUCGACCGCGUCAAGCUCCUGAUGCAGACCCAUAGCGUUCGGGUGGCGGGUGAGAGCACCAAGAGGGGAAUUGGGUUCCUCGAGGCUAUGGCAGAGAUAGGGAAGGAGGAGGGUCUAAAGGGUUACUGGAAGGGCAAUCUUCCACAGGUUAUCCGCAUAAUUCCUUAUAGUGCAGUGCAGCUGUUCUCAUAUGAAGUUUACAAGAAAUUAUUUCGGAGGAAGGAUGGUGACCUUACUGUGUUUGGGAGACUUGCUGCUGGUGCUUGUGCGGGCAUGACAUCUACACUAGUGACUUACCCACUCGAUGUCCUACGGCUUAGGUUAGCUGUUCAAUCUGGACAUAGUACUAUGUCGCAGGUUGCUCUUAACAUGCUGAGAGAAGAAGGUUUAGCUUCCUUCUAUGGAGGCCUCGGUCCAUCACUGAUAGGAAUUGCACCUUACAUUGCUGUAAACUUCUGUGUUUUUGACUUAAUGAAGAAAUCUGUACCAGAGAAGUACAAGAGUAGACCAGAGACAUCUCUAGCAACUGCUCUUCUUUCAGCGACAUUUGCAACUUUGAUGUGCUAUCCUUUGGACACUGUUAGAAGGCAGAUGCAAAUGAAAGGCUCGCCAUAUAAUACAAUUUUCGAUGCUAUUCCAGGCAUUGUGGAGCGUGAUGGUCUAGUUGGAUUAUACAGAGGUUUUGUGCCAAACGCGUUGAAAAAUCUACCAAAUAGCAGCAUUAAACUCACUGCAUUCGACACUGUGAAGAUACUGAUAUCUACUGGGCAAAAGGAACUGGAAAAGUUAAUGCAAGAAAAUCAGGAGAAAACAAGCUAGGAAAAUAAUAUUACUGAACCUUAAGGCUCGGGGAGCUAACACACUACCUCUUUUCAUGCUCCACUUUUCUUUGUUCUGCCUUUCCCAGGUAGUAUUCUAGGGUUUAGAUGGCACAUUUUUUAGAUUGGUCCUAACUUGCGGUAGAGGCAUUAGAAUCAAGUAAGGCAGUCAGUUGAUUUCUUUAGUGGCACCACAGCUUUAACUAGAUUUAGUACAAGCAUUCACCUUACAAGACUUUAUUUGAAUGGAAGCAUAUAUUGACCUCACAAGUUCUCCAAAAGGUUUACCACUAUGCUAUAGACAGAUCUGUGAAAUAUAAUGGAGCUCCCCCGGUUACUGCCUGCCCAGUGACAGGCUCUCCUUGAAAGAAAUACAUCCUAGUUCUACAGAUUGGGGUGAUUACUACAACCGUGCUGACACCGUAAUUUCCAGGCUGAAGAAAGAUUUGGAUUCACCAUUGAAUGAUUAGCUUCAGUUCAGAGAACAUGACCUUAUGGACUGUCUUUUUGGUAAUUUGUAUUUUUAUUUCAGUCUGUUUUAGAUUAGGUGAUGAAUGGGAAUAAUGAAAUACAGUUUUGGGAAGAGUGUACCUAGUUUUUGUUUAUUGAUGAGAAUAUAUGUAUCUAUUUGUCCUCGUUUUUAGAUUGGUAAAAUGUGUUGCACAAAUUGUACUGUACUUCCAAGGUCUAGAUGUGCUUUUGUGCCUGGAACCUGCAAUUAUCAUGUGUGCGUGCUGUUGAAA